UCUCGUUUCGUCUCGCCUCGUCUCGUCACGUUUCGUCUCGUCCCGUUCCGUUCCGUCUCGUCUGCUCUAUCUCUGAUCUCCUCCACUUCUUUCAGUGUCACCUCGCUUCUCUCGCAGUCACUGUUUAACAUCACCGGUGGCUGGUGCACGAGACGAGUAGCCAAAUUAAGAAAUCAUUAUAGCAGUGCUCGAGUGCCGGACAAACAACCUACGUAAAACCGGUUGUUUCGUAGCUGUGACCUUGAAAGGCAGUGGCAGUUCGUGUCUCUGACCUUGGCGCACGGUUCACCAAGUUCUCCAAUGGCAGCGCGACAACCAGUGGCUUACUAACCACAGCUGAUCGAGCAACGGCCAAGCGGAAUUCCGGCGGACGUCCACGGAGAACGUUACGUCAUCGGGGAUAAUCAGGAGACGGACGAAUGAAGCUCUGAAGAAUGAAUAUCAAAGACAGGAAGUUGUUUAGAAGAAUCAAUGAAAUGGAAAUUAGCGAAACUUACAGUACGAACGAAAAUUUGCAUUAACGAUGGAUGCUAAUGGAUUUGGAACAAAGACGCCAGCAGCAGUUGUCGGAUAUUCGCAGAGCAUGAAGAGGAGAAGACUCGAUUGACUUCGUAGACGCGUUCGGUGCCAGUUUGGAGGAUGGAGGAGUCCUCGCCAAGGAUUCGUUCCUAUCUGGAAUGCUGGGACCAGAACGAAGACAAGUACUCGGUGGCGAACAGCCAAGCACCAUUGCAAGCUGGCGAGGACGAACAUCCGGAACGUGGCACAUGGACGGGAAAAUUCGACUUCCUGUUGUCUCUUCUGGGCUACAGCGUUGGCCUAGGAAACGUUUGGCGAUUCCCGUAUCUGUGCUACUCGAACGGAGGUGGUGCUUUUCUAAUACCGUUUACGAUAAUGCUCAUCAUCGCUGGACUACCCUUGAUGUUCAUGGAACUAUCUUUAGGGCAGUACGCGAGCCUUGGCCCAGUGGCAGCUUACAAACGUUUCUGCCCCCUCUUGCGUGGCCUGGGUUAUGGAAUGGUGUUAGUCAGCUCGGUGGUGAUGCUUUAUUACAACUUGAUCAUCGCCUGGACGCUUUAUUACAUCUUUGAUUCAGUGGCUGGAGCUGGUAACUUACCAUGGAGCAAAUGCGAAUCACCAUGGAGCACCGAGGAUUGCUUCAUGCCAGAAGCUGCCGAGGCGUGUGCGUUUCAGAACAUGAGCUACUUCAAAAGAAAAUGCUUGAAUUCUACCCAGAUGGCAUCAAUGGGUUUGACCAUAGAAAAUAUCACCAGCGCCAUUAGGAGACCACCGGCUGAAGAAUAUUUCAACAAUCACGUAUUGGGAAUGAGUAGUGGAAUCGAGGAGACUGGGUCUAUUCGACCCUCGAUGGCGGUGAACCUCCUGUUAGCUUGGAUCAUCGUCUUCCUCUGUCUGAGCAAAGGUGUUCAAAGCUCAGGAAAGGUUGUGUACUUCACUGCUCUGUUCCCGUACUUCGUUUUGAUUGUUCUUUUCGUUCGGGGCAUUUUGCUACCCGGUGCCAGCGAGGGUAUUCUCUUUUAUCUUACGCCCGAUUGGAGAAGACUGAUGUCCGCGAAAGUAUGGGGCGACGCAGCGGUGCAAAUCUUCUUCGCUCUGAGCCCAGCUUGGGGUGGCCUCAUCACUCUCAGCUCCUACAACAAAUUCAACAACAAUUGUUACAAGGAUUCGCUGAUCGUCGCGGUCAGUAACAUCGGCACGUCUUUUUUCGCCGGUUUCGUAAUUUUCUCUGUGAUCGGAUUCCUGGCCCACGAGCUUGAUGUCCCGGUCGCCUCGGUCGUCGAUCAGGGGGCUGGAUUAGCAUUUAUCGUCUAUCCUGAAGUAGUAGCUCGUUUACCAGUGGCCCCAGUCUGGUCGCUGCUUUUCUUCGUGAUGCUUCUUAGCCUGGGCCUGGAUUCGCAAUUUGCAUUGAUGGAAACUGUCACUACUGCGAUUCUCGACGCUUUUCCGGCAUUGAGGAACUACAAAUUCUGGGUUGUAUUCGCGGCGGCUGUUUUCGGUUACGUCGGUGGAAUCAUUUUCACUACCAAUGCUGGAAUGUAUUGGCUGCAAUUGAUGGACAAAUACGCAGCCAAUUGGUCGGUGCUGUUGAUCGCUAUAGUAGAGUGUAUCCUGGUCGCUUGGAUCUAUGGCGCGGAUCGAUUUCUCGACGAUGUCCAGCAAAUGAUUGGACCACGUAGCCGUCUUUGGAGAUUUUUCUGGACUUGGAUGUGGAAAGUUAUUACUCCUGCUACGUUGUUCUUCAUUCUCUUCUUCAAUUGGGUCGAAUACGAACCCCUGAAAUACGGAGGAUACGUGUAUCCAAGAUGGGCGGACAUCGUUGGAUGGGUCGUCGGUAUGAUACCCAUUCUGGUCAUCGUUUUCGUGGCCAUCAACCAACUGAGAGACCCUCGUCGUCGAUUAGCAUACGACGACGACGACGAUGACGACGACGACCUGGACGGCAGACCCUCUGCUCAAAGAUCAGGAAAACGGAAAACGAAGAAAAGCAAGAACAAGAGCGUAUGGUGGCGUGCAAAGAUGCUUUUGCAGCCUACUUCCGACUGGGGCCCCGCGGCUAGGAAUUCCUUGACCCCGUCGAGAACUCUUACUCACACACCGUCACCAGGACCGCCAGGAGGAUACGAUUCCGUAAGGGACACCAUAGUCUUGGUAAACGGUCAACCAAUGAUGGUGCAACCGUCGACCACAUCCGGCACCGCUCAGAAGCUUCCUGGACCAUCGAUCCUCAAAAAUUCAAGUAAAACCGAUCUAAUCACAUCUCAGCAAGUCUGACACGAUGUUCAUUUUAUCAAUAACGACGAGUCUGCCCAGAGAUCUAUCGCCAAAAAUACAACGCGCCAAUAACAGGUAGUCGAGUAUCGCGGAUAGCUUCGUAACCAAGAGAUAGGUGAACAAAAGGAUGUCUUUGAAUGUUCCCGCAAUAGAAGAGAGAUUUCUACGAAUUUAUUUUUUUAAAGAAGAAUAGCCAGAGUAUUUUCUGAUAUAUUCAAAUCUCAACAAUUCUAGCGCCUUAUAUUUUUUCCAUUCGAGCAAAGAUAAGUUCCGUUCAUUCCGUUGAAAUCACUUGAAAGAUCUAUUUUCUUAUUCAAAUAAAUUAAUUUCAAUUUAUUUUUAAA